AUCCUCCGCUACAGAUAGCUAAUAACACGACACAACUAUCACUGCAUAAAGCUCUGAACUUUUCCUCAAACAUAGACAAGUAAUGAUAUUUAGUCACUAUUAAUUCGAUUUCACCAUAUCAUCUUCAAUGUCUGUGUCCCCAACUUGUAACUUCUUAUACUGCACAGAGGAAGCCGGCUAUUUGGAUUUCUUGGAUGCUGAAAUUUGCCACGAGUCUGUAUCCUGUGGUUCAUUUUCUCACAUUGAUGAUGAUGAUGAGAAUUAUAUAGUCAGUAUUUUUGACUCUGAGCUUGACCAGAUGCAAGGACAUGAAUUACUGGCAAAGCAUGGUAAAAUUCCAGGGAUUAUUACUGCUCGUCUAGAUGCAGUCAAAUGGAUGUUGAAGGUGCAUUCUCACCAUCGAUUUCAGCCUGAAACGGCGUAUCUUUCUGUGAAUUACCUGGAUCGUUUCAUCUUGUCCCAUAAUUUGCCUGGGAAAGAAUGGCACUGGCGGCUUUUAUCAGCAGCUUGUCUAUCUUUAGCUGCAAAAAUGGAGGAAACAAAUGUCCCACUUCUCUUAGAUUUGCAAAUAAUAGAACCCAGAUUCUUGUUCAAGCCCAAGACGGUUCAACAGAUGGAGCUUCUUGUUGGGGGCAGUCUCAAGUGGCGAUUGCGCACCACAACACCUUUCGAUUUUUUGCAUUAUUUCAUUUCUAAAGUUUCGUAUUUUUUGAGUCCCCAACAUAGUAAUGGACUCAGCUGUGUAUUCUCUGCUGCCUCAGACAUUAUUAUCAGUACAAGUAGAGUGAUUGAUUUAUUCGAUUAUCCGCCGUCUGCAAUCGCUGCAGCCGUGGUGCUAUGGGUCACCAAUCAGCCUGUUGAUGAUGGCAAGCUGGAAUGCCUUCACAAAAGAUUGAACAAAGACAUGGUGAAAAGAUGUUACAGUCUUGUAAAAAGGAACAUGUCCCAAUUGCUGCAUAUUAAACUAAAAAAGCUGGAGCAUUGCAUACCAUCAAAUGGCAAGCUUGAUGUGGCUUUUACAGAUAAGGAGUGAAGAUGAGACAAAUUCUACCCAAGGCUUGCUCACAAACAAGUGCUAGGACUAUGGGGAAAAUAAAAUUCUACUUAGUAUUCGGUUUUAUUCUUCUCCAAAUGCUGCAAUUUGUAAGAAUACGAUUUUUUUCCUGGUGUGUUUGAGUGUGGAUCGUAUUUGAUUUGAGAUAUUGAAAAUUUUCUACCCAUUGAAUCAACUAAAGUGCUUGCCAUUUUUACUUGA